AUGGACACCCCCGGGGUCCCCGCCCCUGCCGCCGCCCGGGGCCCGGGCCCGGGCAGGAAGGAGUUGAAGAUCGUAAUCGUGGGCGACGGCGGCUGCGGCAAGACUUCGCUGCUCAUGGUGUACAGCCAGGGCUCCUUCCCCGAGCACUACGCCCCAUCGGUGUUCGAGAAGUACACGGCUAGCGUGACGGUGGGCAGCAAGGAAGUGAUCCUGAACCUCUAUGACACGGCCGGGCAAGAAGACUAUGACCGGCUGCGGCCCCUGUCCUACCAGAACACGCACCUUGUGCUCAUCUGCUAUGAUGUCAUGAACCCCACCAGCUACGACAACGUCCUUAUCAAGUGGUUCCCUGAGGUCACGCAUUUCUGCCGUGGGACCCCCAUGGUGCUCAUUGGCUGCAAGACAGACCUGAGGAAGGACAAGGAGCAGCUUCGGAAACUCCGGGCCGCCCAGCUGGAGCCCAUCACCUACACACAGGGACUGAGCGCCUGCGAACAGAUCCGUGCUGCCCUUUACCUGGAGUGUUCCGCCAAGUUCCGGGAGAAUGUGGAGGACGUCUUCCGAGAGGCCGCCAAGGUGGCCCUCAGUGCUCUGAAGAAAGCACAACGGCAGAAACAACGGCGGCUCUGCCUGCUGCUGUGA